AUGGUGCAGACCAAAAACAUACGGAUUAGCGUAUUUGGAGAGAUCGACAGCGGAAAAAGCACGUUGGUUCUCCAAUAUGUGCAGUCGCAGUUUGUUGAAGAGAUCGAUCAUCAUAUCCAGGACAUAUAUACCAAGAGGACUGAGAUCGACAACGAAAUCUACCAAAUAGAUAUACUUGACGUACUAGAUUCUGAUUACGGGUUUGACACUCGGACUGAGGAAAUGAUUGCUGAUUCAGACGCUGCUAUUUUGGUAUAUUCUGUGCUAUCUGAAAGAUCUUUUAACUCGCUCAUAAUGAAAGGAGUUAGAGUGUGCUCACUGUUGAAGCACAAAGACAUACCAAUAAUUUUAGUUGGUACCAAGACCGAUCUGGAGGAUCUUCGCCAAAUCUCGGCCAACGAAGGAACUCAGAUGGCGCAAGAAAUGGGGUGUGUUGGCUUUCUUGAAUGCAGUGCCAAAACCAGAUACAACGUGGAUCAGGUGUUUGAAACCACAGUCAGGAAAGUUUUGAGCCAAAGGGAGGCCGAGCAGAAGCUUCCAAAAGAACCUGCUACGAACUCUCAAGAAGUUGAGACAAAUCCAGACCAAAGUCAGCAAGAACCUUCUCAACAAUCUAUAAAACCACAAGCGAGAGAGAUCGUGCUAGACCGUUCGGCUGGUCCUAUAAAGACUACUCAGAAUACUGAUAGAUGCUGUAUAAUAGUGUGA